AUGUUAGACCAUCUGGCAGGGAAUGAGUACUUCUGCUUCCUUGACAGAUAUUCAGGGUAUAAUCAGAUUGCGUUGGCACCAGAAGAUCAACAUAAAACCACCUUCACCUACCCGUAUGGAACGUUCACUUUCAGAAGGAUGCCCUUUGGACUAUGCAAUGCACCAGCAACGUUCCAAAGGUGUAUGUUCUUAAUUUUUUCCGAUUUAAUAGGUGAAGGAGUGGAAGUCUUUAUGGAUGAUUUUUCAGUACUGGGGACGACAUAUGACCACUGCUUGGAAAACUUAGAGAAAGUCCUUCAAAGGUGUCUGUCCUCUAAUCUGGUGCUUAAUUGGGAAAAAUGCCACUUCAUGGUGAAGGAAGGAAUAGUCCUGGAACACAAGAUCUCCCGAGAAGGACUAGAAGUGGAUCAGGCCAAAGUAGAAGCUAUAGCAAAGAUGCCAUCACCAGUGAAUGUAAAAACCCUGAGAUCUUUUCUCGGGCAUGCCGGCUUCUACCGAAGGUUUGUCAAAGAUUUUUCCAAAAUAACUAGACCUUUGUGCCAUUUGUUAAAAAAAGAUAUAAAAUUUGAGUUUAACUCUGAUUGUUUAAAAGCUUUUGAAUCCUUGAAAAAUAAACUCAUAACCACGCCUGUUAUCCAACCUCCAGACUGGAACUUACCCUUUGAGAUAAUAUGUGAUGCAAGUGAUUAUGCUAUUGGGGUAGUUCUGGGCCAGAGGAAGGAUAAACUCUUUCGUAGCAUAUACUAUGCCAGUAAAACCUUAAAUGAAGCUCAGGUGAAUUACACAGUCACUGAAAAUGAGCUGUUGGCUGUAGUAUAUGCCUGCGAAAAGUUCAGGUCGUACAUUUUAGGAUCAAAAGUUACUGUCCAUACUGACCAUGCAGCUCUCAAGGGACUUAGUUAUGAUAUUGCGGGUUAUCUUGCUGGUUCUGCCUCGCGUGAUUUUGGGACACUGGUUCAGCAGUGUCGUGAUAUUGAAGAUUUCUAUGACUCAAGUAAGGCCAAGAGGGAUAAGGUAGCAGAUACUACAAAGGUCGCUGAGGCGACAAGAGUUGCUGGGAGUUAUACUUCUUGGAGGGACAGGAAGUUUAAGAACAAGGGUAAAGGUAAACAGAUGGCAAAUCGGCAGGCGCCGAAUCAGUUUCAGAGGACUUCUGCUCAAGGGAGUGCAGCAAGACCUCCUACUCCCAAACUCAUUGAAGUCUCUAACCGAGAGGUUAAGAGGAUAUUAGAGAAGGUAGUCAAUCCUUCUCGAAAAUACUGGUCUCUCAAGUUAGAUGAAGCAUUAUGGGCUUACAGAAUCGCAUAUAGGACACCUCUAGGAUGUUCUCCAUACAGGUUGAUACUUGGAAAAGCAUGCCACCUUCCUCUUGAGUUAGAGCAUAAAGCAUAUUGGGUUGUUCAUGUCCUUAAUAUGGAUGAAAGAGCAGCAGGAGAAAAGAGACUGUUACAACUGGAAGAGUUAGAGGAAUUCUGUGGGAACACGUAUGAGAACCACAAAUUGGACAAGGAGAAGAUGAAGAAGUGGCACGAUAAAAGGAUCAGCAACAGAGAUCUCAAAGUUUGUCAAAAAGUAUUGCUCUUCAAUUCUCGACUCAGACUGUUUCCAGGUAAGCUCAAAUCAAGAUGGACCGGGCCAUACCAAAUUGUUAACAACACAGGAAAUGGAGCUUUUGAAAUACAAGGCUCGGAACAUGGCCGCUCCUUCAAAGUAAAUGGGCAUAGGUUGAAAAUAUACAAUGAUGAAACCUUUGACGAAAAAGAGGAAAGUAUCCCUCUCUCUGAAUCCACUUGA